AUGGAAGGCGAGGGCAUGGAGGAGGAUUACAGGAUGGAUGGGAAUGGCCAGCGUUACAAUGGGCGGAUGGAUGGGGGAGAUGUGGGCGGGCAGAUGGAGGGGAAUGGGUUGGGCGGACAGAUGGGGGGGAAUGGGGUGGGCGGGCAGGUGGACGGGUGUUCGAACCGCAAGCCAGGUCCGAAGCGGAAGGAGGGGCCGGUCAGCCACUUCUGCCAGAACGCACGGAAGCGGAGGGAGCGGCUGACGAGGCACAUCAGGCAGCUGGAGAAGCUGGUGCCGCAGAGGGCUCGCAGCGACGCGGCCUCUGUUCUCGAGUCCGCCAUCUCCUUCAUCAAACGCCUCUCCCGGGAGAACCAGGAUCUGCCCACGGAAAUUCUCUCAGCUGCUUUUCCGCAUUUCCUAGAUUUCUUCGGGUCGUUCCUUGAGUCUCCCGUUCAUGCGACAAUGGCUCCUCGGCUCAGUGAGGAGCCCACUGCCACGACUUUGCGUGUGGCGUCUCCUCGUGAUGGCUCUGACAUGGCGGUGUUACCGUUUUUUCGCGAACUUCAAUCGCGUCGACGAUCCACAUGCAGACAGGCACGCGAGGUUUCGCGACAUCGGGUUAGGGUUAAGAUCGCUUCAAGCACACGGUCGUCGCGUGACCUUACAGUCAAGCCGUCGUGUUCGUCGACGCCGAGCGAGCGCACCCUCGUGAGAGCAAUUGCCAUUACAGCCGGAUGGCAACUCGUGCAUGUCAGUGUCCAGACUCCCGCCGACCAGGAAUGCGUUGGGUUUUCCUUCGUUUUCUGCCAGGCCAGGGAGAUGUCUGCCCUUCGCGAGGAAAUGUCGUUAUCGGUGUGA